AUGGCUGGUUUAGAGGCGCUGUACACCUGUGUCGCAGAUAAAAUCCAGUGUCCGCAGGACGCCGUGGUCUGCUUAGUUCACUGGGAAAUGAUAAAGAAUGGCUACCGGUGCAUCGGAUCUGGAUUCGAGCCUAGCAGCCGUGAUAAAAAGUCAGAGCUGCUUCCUGCUGACUGGAGCAGCAACAAGGAGCUGUACAGCCUGCGCUACAGAAGCAGCGACACAGACACCAUGAUGGUGCUGAAGGCCAUCGCUGUGGACUCCACGCUCAUCUUCAACUUAAUGAACUCCGGCACUAACCAGGUUUCAUACCUGAUGGUGAACAUCAGCGACCACGUCAACGCCGAUCAGCUGCACACGUUUGACAGCGUGUUCAGAGACGCAGACGAUUUGUCUGAGAAGGUGAAGUAUCGGCUGCUGCCUCGCCCAGAGAAAGCGCCGGAGAGCAGCAGACAGGAGGAGGGCGAGUCGUCUCAGAGGAGGCAGGAAGAAGACAGCGACCCCCUGCGCCACGGGCUGCAGCCUCACUGGUCAGUAAACAGCGGCGUCCAGGAAAUCGCCUUGCUCUAA